UUCCUGCGGGCGGGGAUCCGCUACCAGCACACGGCGGCCGAGCCCUGGUCCCGCCGCGACGCCAUCCCCAUGCGGGUGGAGCUGCUGGCAGGCGCGGAGCCGGAGUACUUCCAGGUGGCGGUGCGGCUGCGGGGCGGCGCGGCCAACACGGCCCCCUCCCUGGGCUUCGCGGCGCUGCUGGUGGCCGAGGUGGGUCAGUUCGUGCUCACCGCCCUCACCCCCGACAUGCUGGCGGCGGAGGAUCUGGAGAGCCCCCCGGACCUGCUGCUCUUCAGCCUCACCGCGCCCUGGCGCCCCAGCCCCAGCCCCGGCGGGCGGGAAGGCGAGGAUCUCCGGCUGCGGGGCUACCUGCUCAGCACCGACGAGCCCGGCCGGCCCCUCACCUCCUUCACCCAGCGGGAGCUGAGGGAGCUGAAGAUCGCCUACCAGCCGCCCACUGUGGACUCGGACCAGGAGCGCAUCUUCCAGAUGGAAAUGAAGGUGCUGGACCCUGAGGGCGCCUCUUCCCAGCCCUUUGCCUUCAUGGUGGUGGUGAAGCCCAUGAACACGCUAGCCCCAGUGGCUACCUUCAGCCAAGCCGCUGGCCCCCAGCUCAUGCUCUUUGAGGGGCAGUCGAGGCCUCUGUCUGGCACUCUGGAGAUAAGCGAUGAGGACAACUUGAGCGAGGUGAAGGUCUGGGUGACACGGGGCCUGCGACAUGGCGAGCUCAGGGUACUGGGCGCGCCACCCGGCCGCGAGUACUUCACAGCAGCCGAGCUGGAGGCUGGGCAGGUAGUUUACCAGCACGAUGGCAGUGAGCACAGCUACAGUGACAACACCGUGUUCCUCAUGGAGGACGGGCAGCACCAGGUGGAGUUUCUUUUCCCCAUCAUCAUCGCCCCUGUUGAUGACCAGCCACCCCUGCUCAACGCCAACACUGGGCUGGUGCUGAGAGAGCGCCAGGCUGUCCAGAUCUCACCCUUCGUUCUCAGCGCUACUGACAUUGAUUCUGAAGAGUCGACAAUUCGCUUUAUACUUCAGAAGGACCCUGAGGAGUCUGCCCACGCCUCACACUCCCACUGCCUGGGUGAGCUUCUCCUGUGCCAGGCAGAGACACCACCAUCCUAUGAGAGGGAAGAGGACAUGGAGGAGGCUGGUGGUGCUUCCUCCUCAUGGCCCUUUGUGGAAAGCGAGGGUGUGUAUGAGAAGGUGGUGAGUGAAUGGCUGCAGCAGGACAUCCUGGAUGGAAGGCUGUUCUGCAGGCACACAGGACCCCAUAGCACCAGUCCUGUGAUAGACCAGUUUGUGUUCCGCCUCCAGGAUGACAAUGAGCCCCCUAACCAGUCUGGGGAGCAAAUAUUCACCGUCAAAGUGCAACCAGUAGACAGUUUGCCCCCACAGCUAUACCCAGGCACUAGCCUACAGAUGACAGUCUUGGAGUACCAGGUGACCCAAUUCAGAAAGCGCUAUCUGUGCUACACUGACCUGGACACAGAUGACAGCGAGUUGAAAUACACCCUGCUUACACCCCCAACUGACAUAGAUGAGAACCACCCUCUGCUGGCUGGAGAGAUCGUGCUGGCUGACAACCCUCUGGUGUCCAUUACUCAGUUCACCCAAGCCCAGGUCAACCAUCAGAAGGUGGCAUACCGGCCUCCUGACCAGGAGCUGGGUAUCACCCCAAGGGUGGUACAAUUUAACUACAGUGUAGAGGACUCAGCGAGCAACUCUGUGCCAGGGACCUUCACAAUCUUCCUGCAGCCAGUGGACAACCAGCCACCCCAGAUCACCAACAUGGGCUUCACUGUGCUCGAGGGGAGCAGCUUCCUUCUCACCACCAGUCAGUUGGAUGCCACUGACCAGGACACGGACACAGACCAAAUUGUCUUCAUCUUAAACCAGGCACCCCAGCAUGGCCACCUGCGCUACCUGGAGGGGCUGAUGGUCCAGGGGGAAUCUUUCCUGCUAGAUGAUAUUGCCAGUGGGCGUAUAUCCUACCAGCACAGUGGUGAUGAGUCCACCAAUGACUUCUAUCAACUGGAAGUGAGUGAUGGCAUUCACCAUGUGCCAAUCAUUGUUAGGAUCACUGUGCAGCCAGUGGACGAUGAAAGGCCUAGCAUCACUCUACCUGGUGGUAAUGAGCUGCUGGGACCCUCUAUUGAUGUGCUAGAAAAUGGUGUCACUGAGAUCACUACUUCCCUUCUCCAGGGCACAGAUGAAGAUACUGAUGAUCUGGCACUGACUUUCUUUGUGAAGGAUCCGCCCAAGCUGGGUGACAUUCUGGUAAAUCGGGUGCCCAUGGAGAGAUUCACCCAGCAAGACCUUAUCAGUGGGACAAUAGUCUAUGCUCACACUGGUGGAGAGAUUGGCCUGAAGAAGAGAUAUGACUCUUUCAAUCUGACCAUCUCUGACCUCUCCCAUGAGUGGGUGGUGGGAGGCAGCACGGUGCAAGGGGUAUGUGUGUCUGUGACUGUGCUGCCUGUGGACAGCAUUGCACCUAAAGUGAUUGUGGGGCCCGAGCUGUUCAUUGUCUCAGAGGGAGGAAAGAAAGCCCUGGCCCAGCAGCAACUGGAUGUGGAGGAUGUGGAUACUCCCAUAGAUGACAUUUUGUGCACCAUCACUGUUCAGUCCACUUCUGGAUACCUGGAGAACAUCUCUCCAGCCCCGGGGUCUGAAAAGUCUAGGGCUGGCACUGCCAUUAGCACCUUCUCCAUCAAAGAUGUUCACCUGGGACAUAUCAGCUAUGUUCAGAGCAUCCACAAGGGGGUGGAGCCCUUAGAGGACAGAUUCACUUUCUGCUGCUCUGAUGGCGUCAACGUCUCCCCACACCACUUCUUCCCCAUUAUCAUCAUCCCUACCAAUGAUGAAAAGCCUGAGCUGUCCGUGCGUGAGUUUGUGGUGCUGGAGGGGAUGAGUCUGGUUAUUGACACGCCCAUCCUCAAUGGCUCCGAUGCUGAUCUUCCCCCAGACCACCUGCACUUCUUCAUCAGUGUUCCCCCCAAGCAUGGGCAAAUUGUGCAGCAGCUGACAACUGGUGCCAUACCCAUCCGCAACUUCACAAUGGAGGAGAUCCAGGAGGCCUCCAGCAUUGUCUAUGAGCAUGAUGACUCCGAAAUUAAAGAGGACAGCUUCAAAGUCCAGCUAAGUGAUGGCCAGCACACAGUGGAACAGAAAGUGCUGAUCAUGGUGAUCCUUAUGGAUGAUGAGACCCCUCGGAUGACUAUUAACGAUGGGCUGGAGAUAGAGAUUGGUGGGUCUAAGGUCAUCACGAACAGAGAUCUUAAAGCCACAGACAUAGAUUCAGAAGACAGGAACCUCACCUACAUCAUCCGCUUGGCACCCAGGCAGGGUCUUCUGCAGCAUGUGAGCAGACGCGGGGAGCCAUUAGGCAAUAUUACAGUGGGCAUGAACUUCACCCAGGAUGAUAUAGACCAUGGUUUUAUCCGUUAUGCUCAUACUGGCCAACAAGGGGUCCGUGACCUGGUUAAAUUUGAUGUCACUGAUGGCAUUAACCCCUUGAUAGACAGAUACUUUUAUAUUACCAUCAGCGGCAUUGACAUAGUCUUUCCUGAGGUGAUUAACAAAGGGGUAACUCUGAAAGAGGGUGGGAAGGUGACGCUCACAACUGACCUGCUCAGCACUAGUGACAUUAACAGCCCUGAUGAGAACCUGCGCUUUGGCAUCACCCGGGCCCCUAGCCGAGGGCACUUAGAGAGCUCAGACAGUCCUGGGGUGCCUGUUGCUUCCUUCUCUCAGCUCCAGCUAGCUGGCAAUAAGAUUUACUACAUCCACACUGCAGAGGAUGAGGUGAAGAUGGACAGCUUCGAGUUUGAAGUGACAGAUGGCUAUAAUCCGGUCUUCCGCACCUUCAGAGUCUCCAUUACAGACGUGGACAAUAAAAAGCCAAUUCUGACUAUCCAUGACCUUGUAGUAGAGGAAGGGAAGACCAAACUGAUUACCCCCUUUGAGUUGACUGUGGAAGAUCAGGACACCCCUGACCAUUUGCUCCGUUUCACGGUUACCCAGGUCCCUGUCCAUGGCUGGAUUUUAUAUAACAGCAGCUAUCCUGUGACCAGCUUCACCAAAUUAGAUUUGAAUGAGAAUCUGAUCAGCUAUAGACAUGAUGGUACAGAAACAAGCCAGGAUAGCUUCUCGUUCACUGUGACUGACGGGACCCACACAGACUUUUACAUUUUCCCUGACACCAUUCUGGAGACUCAUCAACCCCAGACGUUGAAGAUCCAGAUCAAUCCCCUGGACAAUGGGGUGCCACAGUUAGUGGUGAACAAAGGUGCCCCAACUCUGAGAAACCUUCCGACUGGACACUUGGGCUUCUUGAUCACCAGCAAGUCACUGAAGGCAGAAGACCGAGACAGCCCACACAAACUGCUGAAGUACAAAAUCACAGAUAGCCCAGACCAUGGAUUCAUCAUGAAUAUUGGCCUUGGAAAUGAGAGCAUUUACACAUUUACACAAGCUGAUAUUGAUGAAAUGAAGAUCAGCUAUGUCUUGAAAGAGGGCGAUAGUUCUACCAGUGACAUCAUCUACUUCUCCAUUGAAGACAAUGGAGGAAAUAAGCUAAAGGGCCAAUGCUUCCGUUUGAACUGGGCUUGGAUUUCACUGGAGAAAGAGUACUACAUUGUAGACGAGGACUCCAAGUUCCUGGAGGUGACUCUCAAGCGCAGAGGAUACCUAGGAGAGACAUCUUUCAUCAGUAUUGGGACUAAAGAUGGAACAGCAAAAAAGGAUAAAGAUUUCAAAGGGAGGGCUCAGAGACAAGUCCAGUUUAAUCCAGGACAGACCAUGGCUACCUGGCGAGUGAGGAUAACCAUAGAUGAUGAAUAUGAAGCAUCUGAAACUUUCCAGAUCAUUUUGUCUGAUCCUAUCAUGGCUGCCCUUGAGUUUCCAGAAAUAGCGACAGUUGAAAUUGUGGAUCCUGGUGACGAAUCUAUAGUGUAUAUUCCCUGGCUGGAGUACAGAGUAGAGGAAGAUAUUGGUGAGCUGUUAAUCCCUGUUAGGAGAUCUGGAGAUAUCAGCCAAGAACUAAUGGUCAUUUGUUGCACAUAUCAAGGCUCUGCCACAGGCACAAAUCCCUCCACUGUGUUAUCCUAUUCUGACUACAUCUCCCGUCCUGAAGAUCACACCAGCAUCAUCCACUUUGAUAAGUAUGAAAGAGAGAAAACCUGUCGCAUCGUCAUUAUUGAUGAUUCCUUGUAUGAGGAAGAUGAGACCUUCAGUGUCACGCUGAGCAUGCCGAUGGGUGGGCAAAUCGGUGCUAAAUUUCCUAGCACCAAAGUGGUAAUCCUGGCUAGCACAGAGGAUGAACCUGCUUUAUACUUCGGCGACACUGAAUAUCGGGUGGAUGAAAGUGCUGGUUACGUUGAAGUUCGUGUCUGGAGAACUGGAACAGAUCUCUCCAAAUCGGCCUCCGUUACUGCACGUUCCAGGAAAACGGAGCCAGUAUCAGCGAAGGCUGGAAUUGAUUACGUGGGCAUCAGCCGGAAUCUGGACUUUGCUCCUGGAGUCAAGAUGCAGGCGUUCCGAGUGACUGUCCUCGACGACCUGGGGCAGCCUGUUUUGGAGGGUCCGGAGAAGUUUGAGCUGAUUCUCUAUAUGCCCAUGAAUGCAGUGCUUGGGGUGCCUAGCAAAACUACCAUCUUCAUCGAUGACAGCAUUACUGACUUACCCAAAGUCCAGUUCAAGAAACCAUGGUACACAGUGAAUGAAAAAGAUGGACAGUUAGUGGCUAUCAUUUAUCGUAGUGGUGAUAUUAACCAUAAAUCUACCGUCAUUUGCUACACUCGCCAAAGUUCUGCUCAAAUCAUGAUGGACUACCAGGAGCGACCAAACACAGAUGACUCUGUGGUGGUGUUUCUGCCAGGAGAGAUUGAGAAGCCCUGUGUGGUAAUACUGGAGGAUGAUGCAAUUUAUGAAGAAGAGGAAGAAUUCAGACUAGUGCUUGGAACACCAAAAAGUACCUCAACGUUUGGUGCCUCCAUUGGGGAGCAAAAAGAGACCCUGAUCAAGAUUAAGGAUGAAGAAGACAAACCAGUGAUUAAGUUCUCCAAAAUCAAACACAGCAUUCAGGAGCCUCAGGAGCCUGGAGAGAUUGCAGUCGUAAAGAUCUCCAUUUUACGUCUGGGUGACAGCUCAAAAGUAUCUGUUGUGCGAAUCCACACAAAAGAUGGCUCUGCCACCUCUGGGGAAGACUAUAAUCCAAUGUCUGAUGACAUUGAAUUCAAAGAAGGAGAAACUGAACAUAUUGUUGAAGUUGAGGUCUUAUACGAUGGAGUGAGAGAAAUGAGAGAAGCAUUUACAGUCCACUUGAAACCAGAUGAGAAUAUGGUGGCUGAGACACAGAUGAACAAAGCCAUUGUGUACAUCGAAGAAGUGAACAGCAUUGCAGAUGUGACUUUCCCAGCUGUGCCCCAGGUUGUAUCGCUCCUGAUGUACGAUGACACUUCUAAAAGCAAAGAGAACCCACAUCCUCCAACUGGUUACCCUAUUGUGUGUGUAACGGCAUGUAAUCCCAAGUAUUCAGACUAUGACAAGACUGGGUCUCUCUGUGCUGCUGAAAACAUCAAUGACACUCUGACCCUGUACCGCUGGCUUAUCAGUGCUCCGAGUGGCAGCGAGGGUGUUACCAGCCCCCUGCGGGCAGUGGACUCCAACACCUUCUUUACCAACACCAAGUCCAUCUCCCUGGACUCCAUAUACUUCCAGGCUGGAUCAAGGGUCCAGUGUGCAGCACGGGCUGUCAGAGCCAAUGGUGAUGUGGGUCUGGAACUGCUGAGCCCUAUUUACACAGUGAACAGAGAAGACGGUCUUUGUCAACCUCGGAUCCCAGGAACGGUUGGAGCAGAACCUUUCUCAGCCAAGAUUCGCUACACGGGUCCAGAUGAUCCCGAUUACCCCAACCUGAUUAAAUUAACAGUUACAAUGCCUCAUAUGGAUGGAAUGCUGCCUGUCAUCUCAACUCAUCCGUUAUCCAACUUCGAGCUGACUCUUAGCCCUGAUGGCACUCGUGUGGGCAACCACAAGUGCUCCAACCUUCUGGAUUAUAAUGAGCUCCAGACCAAACAUGGUUUUGUUACAGAUGAAACCAAGAACCCUGAAGUGAUUGAGGAAACGUCACCCUACCAGUACAGCAACUCUCUGCGAUCUACUAAGACCUUGCGUUUUUACCGUAACCUCAACCUGGAGGCCUGCCUCUGGGAGUUCAACAGCUACUAUGCUGUGUCUGAACUGCUGACUGACUGCGGUGGCUCCGUUGGCACCGAUGGCCAGGUAUUAAAUCUGGUGCAAUCCUAUGUCACGCUGCGGGUGCCCCUCUAUGUCUCCUACAUCUUUCACUCUCCUGCUGCCGUUGGUGGCUGGCAGCACUUUGACUUGCAGUCGGAACUGAGACUCACCUUUGUAUAUGAUACCGCCAUCCUUUGGAAAGAUGGCAUAGGCAGCCCACCGGAAUCAGAGCUCCAAGGUUCCCUCUACCCAACCAGCAUGCGAAUCAACGAUGAAGGGCGAUUGGUGGUGAAUUUCAGGACUCAGAUUUGGUUCCGAGGACAGCUUGUAAUGUCUCACCCAAGUACUUCUCUGUCAUCGAUGGUGCUGUCUGCUGACCGCCCCGACCUCACCUUCACACUGAGCCUGUUACGAAGUGAGCCAACCUUCCACCAGCCCGUGCAGCAGUGGAGCUUUAGCUCAGACUUUGCUGUACGAGACUAUUCUGGCACUUAUAGUGUAAAAUGUAUCCCAUGUACUGCUGCACCCAACCAGGAAUAUACCCUUCCUAUCACCUGUAACCCGUGGGAACCAAUCACCUUCGAAGUGGAUAUCAGGUUCCAACAGGUCAGUGACCCAGUAGCGGCUGAGUUCAGUCUCAAUACACAAAUGUUCCUGCUGUCCAAGAAGGAGCUCUGGCUAUCCAAUGGCUCCAUGGGAUUUGGGGAAGGAACGGAUGUGGCGUUUGCUGAAGGGUCUGAAAUUUAUGGCCUAGUGAUGGUGGACCCUGUUCAGAACUUAGGAGACUCUUUCAUCUGCAACAUUGAGAAGGUGUUCCUGUGCACUGGGGCUGAUGGAUAUGUGCCCAAAUACAGUCCGGAUAAUAAGGAAUAUGGGUGCCUGGCUGACUCACCUAGCCUAUUGUACAGAUUCAAGAUCCUGGAUAAAGCUCAACCUGACACUCAGGCAGAAGUGUUUGGAAAUGUGAAGUUUCAUGCUAAAUUAGCUAUUGAUCAUGCAGAUGCUUUUCCUUUAGUAAAGCAGCCUGGUUCUGAUGGUUUCAGUCUGUCAUCCUCUCCUCUCUUCCAGGUAGCAGCAGGACGAGAGUGGUACAUUCAUACAAUUUACAUGGUUAGGGCAAGAGAGAAUGCUAACCGAGGCAUGGGCAAGAGAAGCCUAGAGCAUCAUGAGGCACUCAGCAGCACCAGGACCCCGAAGCGCAGUCGGAGAGCCAAUCCUGAUGGCCCUGCCCUCACACAAGACAUAGGAACAAAUAAAAACAGGGGCACAAACAUUCAGCAUAUAGUCCUCUACCAUUCCAGUAAAAUCACCCAGAAUGAUCAGUUCCUGGCAGGUGAGCCGUAUCAAAGACCAGUAUUGGAAAUCACUGGUAGAGACUCUGAAAACAGCAUAAUACCUGUUGUGGGAGGAGCAGGCGGGCUGCUGCUUCUGAUCAGCACUCUGGUAGUCAUUGUAUUUCUGUUAAAGCAAAGGGGACAGUCCUCUGAUAGGAAGAGGAAGCCCUCUGUCACCUACUCCAGCAGCAGUGCAACUAUGACCACCCCUAACAGCAGUAGUGACUGUUCUGAAGUGUAGGGGGCUUCUCAAAGCCCAGUUCUCUGUCCUUCUAAGAUGUCAUUUGCCUGAAUUUGCUUUUGCAAUUAAGUGUCUGGCUGAUGACUUUGCACAGAUACGUAAUUGGUUGGGUCAUGUGUUAGUACUAAAAACAGGUUCAGGCGUGAAUGAUUGAUUUAGAGUUCAAAACCGUUUUCCAGGAACAAGAGAGGACCCUGGGGGUUUUUUGAACCAGUGUAGGUAUAGCUCUAACUCUGCCUUUAUAGCCACUAUGUAAACCUGAUGUUUAGUUGCUACAGUAUAGGUUUAUUUUUGUGAAAAGGAAAAACAGCAGUAUGUAUAGUGAAAAUUACAUAAAUCUCAGGAAGAAAAUCAAUAAAUUCUCCUCUCAGAUCUUAGUAGGGAUAUUCAGUGCCAAUCAAAUCUGCUAGUCAGACCUGUGGGAAGAUCAGAAUUAUUGGCCGCCUAGCAGCUGUGAUUAUCAAAGAAGAACUUAGUACCUGUUGGCUACACCACUGUAGAACAAAGACCAUUCCCUGACCCCCUUGAAAAAUAGUAAUUUAAGGGAAUGGUAAAGUUCUGUAAACUAACAGAUAAGCAAAGGCUAUAAACAUUACUCUCAGAGUAAUGAAAGAAUACGUAACAUGCUACUCCAUAACUAUUUUAGAAUGUCCUUGAUUACUACUAAAGACUACUGUAAUCACUUGAAUUUAACAAGCAAAUUAUAAAGCUCCUACAUGAGAAGGAUGUGGGAAUUCUGCCUCUUGGCUGUCAGCACCUAGUAAAUAACUCCAAUGAAAAUCACUGUCAAAUCUGUGUAAUUAAGCUGAGUGAAAAUUAUGUAGGAUUUAAUCAAUCAGGACUUGAGGCAAUGGUACUCUGGGAAAUGUCUGUCCUCAAAAAAAGUUAGUUUCCUAUCUUUGGCUGAAAAAGGACCUCAGGAUGCAUUAUUUAGUCACAUAGAAAACAAGCAGCAAUUUGUAGCUCAAUUAGUAAGUACAGAAUAAUCACAAAAAUCCAUAGCAUAAAGUUUGCAGCUAAGAAAUCCAUCCGGUAAGUUAUGUGCUCUGCUCUCCAGUUUGCAAAGGUAUACUGUAAAAAUUUACAUUUAUGAUGAUAUAUAAACUUCUUGGCCUUGCUGAAAGCAGAAACAAAACAAUUUCAGGCUUUUGUUUGAUGUAAACACAGUGGUGCUCUUAGCUGCCAAUUUCAGUUUCGCCAGGGCGCUAGAUUAUAAAUGUACUUAAAAGCCAUAUACAACCACUCCUGUUACAGUAUUCAAAGGGAAACAAUAUUUGUAGAGGUUAAUUAUGGUACGACAUUUCUGGGGCUCCUCUUACGUCUUUUUAUGCUUUUGGAAAGUAGAGGCAGAACUCAAGUAGUAAAUGCAAAAGAGGCAUUAUAUUGUACACUUGUGUGCUAAAACAAAAAUUCACCAUCUGCAAGUAGUGAAAUGGAAGGAACACUAAAUUGUGAACCAAACCUGAUGCAGUGUUGCUGUACAGUAUUAAACAAGUUGAUUUUGUAGAGAUGUCUUUUCUCACUAUUUUGCUCUGUUCCAAAUUCUCAAAUACCACAUCCAUCUUUGUGGUAUUUAAGAAAGGGCUUAAUCUUAGAAAACUUUGUGCAAGGAUGCUCAUUUGCACAAAGUGAGUUUUUUCUGGUUUUAUAGAGUUAGUUUGCCAGUCCUCCAGAAAAUGCACUGAAUUAAAGUCUCACAUUCAGAAACACCAGGGACAGCAUAUCGAUUUCCUCGCUACAUGAUUGUGCCCAUCCUGCAAAGUUACUCAGUCAACAUUACAGAAGUGUGAGAAAGCCAUGAGCUGGGCCAGAACACUGAACUCAGUUGCUUUUCUUUCACAUCAGACAAAAUGAUAGUCACUUGUUUUUUUCCUAACCAUGUAGUUCUAACUUGACUGGGUCUUGACUUACUGAAAGCCGCCUAUACAAAUGCUCCUAGCUAAGGCUGUUGUCAUACUAUUAAUUUCAGUGGAGUACAGAGAUUCAACAAAGUAAUUUUACUUCCACACUCACUCUGGCUUGCGAGAUGAGCUAUUUUGGCCUAAUCCACAGAUUCGUGGCAAAUCUGGAUAUCCAUCAUAGAUUCCAAUGUGUUAGGGCAAAGCAGAACACUGUAGUUAUACUUCCAUCACUUUUUGUUGAGUAGUUCACCAACAGAUGCUGUUUGAGGUCUGUAAAUAAGUAGCAGGUCAGAAAAAAAACCCUAGAGGCCUACAAAAGUUGGUGGACCACACUUACAUGUCUGUUUAGCACUCUUGACUGGAGUAAGCAGUCACUCCAAUUACCACACAAAUGUCAAUCACAAAAGGGGGGA